AUGUCCAGCUCCAACCAUGGAUUUCUCCGUAAAUUGUGGAGCGAGUACUGCCAAGGCAGCACCAUCUAUGCGACGCGUCAUCUGUCCUCGCAGCUCCGGAUCGGAGAGCGCGUCUGGUGGUUCUCAUGGAUUGGGCUAGCAUUAGUCGCUUGUUUCGUGGCCAUCGUUGACGUGUACGACAAAUGGAAUGUAAGUCCAGUCUUCAUCAGCUACGAUAACAGAUUGCAUCCGGUUUGGGCUAUUCCAUUUCCUGCCAUUACGAUAUGUCCGAUGGCUCGGGCACAGGUGGAAUUGUUCAACUCAACGGAUGUUUAUUUUCGUAUCGAUCAGCCUGCUGGGAUAAGUAACCUAGAAUAUUACAGACUUCGCGCAAUGUUACAUGUUUGUCCUUACAUGUCGGACUUUUACGAAUACAACGAUUCACUGAAGAUGAACUACGUUCAGACUCUCAAGUUUAUGUCCAUUCCGUUCGAAGAAAUGUUUCGCGGUUGUCGGUACAGAAACAACCGUGUGGAUUGUGCGACAUAUUUUUCUGAAUCCAUCACUGACAGCGGAGUUUGCUACACGUUUAACGCCAUAGAUGCCGAGCAACUAUUCAGGACGGAGAAUCUUCAGCAGGACUACUUGUAUUCUACUUCAUAUAUGGAUUCGUAUAAUUGGACACUUGAGGAUGGGUAUUUGGAUGAGUUUGAUCCUAAAGCGUUCCCGCUGCGUCCCAUAGGAGGAGGUUUGCUUGCCGGAUUGAUGGUGGUAUUAAAUACCAGAAAAGCAGACCAAGAUUUCUUCUGUGAGGGCCCAGUUACUGGUUACAAAAUAGGCAUACAUUCACCGGAUGAAAUGCCUUCGGUGCAAAACAAAUUCUACCGUUUAUCGCAUCAGAAUGUACUCACAUUGGUAUUGAAGCCUGAAUUGACUUACAUUUCACAGAAAGUUAAAAAAUAUCCCUACUAUAGACGACAAUGUUAUUUCAGUGGCGAACGAUACCUACGGUACUUCAAAGUGUACAAUCAGAAUAAUUGCCUUGCGGAAUGCAUUUCCAACAUUACCGCUCAGGAGUGCGGUUGCGUUGGUUUUGCAUCACCGCGGAGUGAGGACGUGCCUGUCUGCGAUGGCCUGGAUUUGUUCUGUCCGGUAAGAUCAUUAUACAAGGCAUACAAAAAGCUAGAAACAACGGACCGCGAAAACGAAGUGCAGCAUCCAUGUGGUUGUCUGCCGGCGUGCACUGCGAUCAAAUAUGACGUGGAGAUUUCCAAUCUUCCGUGGGACUUUGAGGCGUAUGCCAGAGUUCUUGGGUACCCAACCAACGAGUACGAUAGUAUGGAUCCAGCAUUGUUGUUGAUAGCUUUCAAGAGUAAAUGGUUUCUCCCGCUUAAGCGUCGGGAGCUAAUUGGAGUGGUGGAUCUACUGGCAAAGUGCGGUGGAUUGUUUGGACUGCUAAUGGGCGCCAGUGUGAUCAGUUUUCUCGAAGUGGUGUACUACUGCAUCAUAAGACCAUGCAGGAAUGACUAUCCCGGGCGUGACGCUCUUCGGCAGGUUUUCCCGUGGGUGCCAUAA